UAUAAUAAUGGUAUUAAACUUUGUGACCGUGACCACCAUCGGUUAUGUGAUACGUGGAACCUGCAACUGCUUCGAUGUACAGUCGCAGCCGGCUGUAUUGUAUUAUCUAAUAUCAAUGCCCAAAGCCCCAAUGGCCAAUGGUAUUUAUACACGUCUGGUCGUCAGAAUAAUAUAGUACCUAUAUUAUAUCACACACUAUGUACCGAUGUACAUUUGCCUCCUAGUUUAUGGAAAUAAAUUAACUUUUAGUUAUCAAAAAAAUAUUUUUAGUGCAUAAAUAUGAGCCUAAUGGAUCAACUUUUUCCAGCAAAUCAUAAAACCACAUUCGUGGUGGACCACACUCCAAACUUCGGAUUGACUAGUGACUCACACAUCAAAAUGGUCUUCACCAAACAGCCAUUUGAUGGGAUACCACCCGUAACCAUAUACAAAUCGAUUUGGACGUGUAGCAUUGAAGCUGUACUCGAAUACUGCCGUAUCGUCUGGGAUCUGUUUCCAGAAGGGAAACUUAUUCGUGUUAUAAGUAGCGACGUACGAUCUCGCAAUUUGAAUAAUUGGUCAUCUAAUCAACAAAAUGUUAACAUUAUGUUAAGUAGUUUGUCACUUUUGGGGCCACCCGAUAAACUUGUACCAAACCCAAAUCGAGACUACAGUGUUGUGUAUGGAUUUCGCACUGCAGCCGAAGCAAUGAUUGAGUGUACUAAAGAACAAAUGGAUCAAGAAAAAUCUAAGAAAAAUAACAUUGAAAUUCAAAACAAAUGCAGAACAUUUAUUAUCACAUCAGCCAGAGACAACCAAUCAAUAGAUAAUCUCACAUCCAUGUUUCAUAAUGAAAUGAUCAAAAGCAACAAAUCUGUAUCUAAACCUAUUUCGACGUCAAUUCAUCAUUGUCAUUUAGUAAUAAUUAACACAUAUCCAGAUUCUAUAACAAGCGAAGUCACUGAUCGUCCACUUUAUCCUAUAUCACCAAUACUAGAUUUGGAAGUGCAUUCUAUUCCUGCAUCCAAAAUUGGUAUUAAGAUAUCAAAUCUUUUAUUAAUACACUACAAUCUAGCUAGUACAACAGUUAUCGGUAUUCCCAUGAAGGAAGAACAAAAUGGCAAUUCAUCAGCAAAUUAUGAUGUAGAAAUAUACCAUGCUGCUACUGUGCAUACAGCUAUUUCAAAUGCAAAUGCAGCCAAUUCCAAUGCCAAAGCAGUGGUUGCAAAAAAAGAAGGAGCGGACUAUGAGACAAUUAAAUUAAAAUGGUGCACAGCUAGGUUAAAUAACAACUUGCCAGAUAUUCACAGUUGUACGACGUUACAUAGAGUAACUCUAGUUGAUAUAAACAGCAGACCAAGCACAUGUUUGAUAACAUUUUUACUGAAUGGUCGAUCAGUUUUCCUUGAGGUGAUUAAACAAGGUGGUGGUAAAACCAUAUCACAUGUUUUAAAAUCGUAUAAUGGUGAAAUAUACAUACAUACAGUGUCGUCUGGUCGCACAGUAUUUGAAGAUCUACCGUCCAUUAGUGAAGGCCCCGGAGGGAAAGUAAUUCAGUACAGAGUAGCCGAUUUUAGUAAUUUUAUGAAGUCAAAUUUACUGCAACCAACAAAAACAAAACACACAGGUGAUAGAAACUAUAUUGAAGAUGCAAAAGAAAAAUUGAUGAAACAAACUGCAUAUUGGCCACUAGUAUCAUCGUCAACUAUAAUAUAUAAUUUGAAACAAUACACUGAACCACUGUUGUCAUUAAUGGUUAAAGAUAACAUUAGUGAUCAGGAAGUAAUGAAUUGCAAACAAUGUAUUCAAGAUUUGACGACUGCUGAAUUAAAUAAUCAUCGCCUCAUUUCACCUAGUCCAUCAUUUCCACGAAAUAUGAAAAGAGUUGACCAGUACAAGCUUAUGUGGACAGAGUUGGAAAAAUUCUUAAGAUCAAACUUACACACUGUUAAUCACUGUAAAGUGUUGCAAUAUUUAUUUGAAAGCUGUUGUAAACUUGAUGAAGAAAAAAUCAUUGAGAAAACUUUAAUGCGCUUAAAGGAACCUUUAGCAGACGGGCCAAGUGUAAUACGAGCUACCACUGAUUCGCCUAUGUCUCCGCCAUUAACUCAACAGACAGGAAUAAAUCAUAAUAUAGCACAUAAAGCUGUUGAUGUGGGUCCAAACAGUAUUAUGUAUUUGCAAAUAAUUCGGGAUCAAGACAAUAGUGCAACAGUUAACCCUUCUUCACGACCUCAGUUUGCUGGUAGAUUAAAAUCUAUUCAAAAUAGAAAUGGAAAUUUGUUUGCCAAACUUUAUGAACAUAUAGACGAUGACACGGAUACCAAGAGUGUAACAUAAAAUAUUUAUUAACUGUUUGACUAUGGUAUCUUAUAAUAUAUUUUUGGAUUUUAUUUGUAAUGCAAUGCAUAUGUCUGACUCAAAUAUAAUAAUAUUUUAAUAUCUAUCAAGUAAUAAAUUAUAAAACAUAUUGUACUGUAUUAUAUUUACUGUAUAUUAUUGUUAUCGUAAUAUCACUAUUAUUUUAUCCCAAACAUCUCAAUUUCAAUCUAAAUAAAU